AUGCGACUGUACUACAUCAAAAGAUCACUUCUGAUUGCGAUUUGCUUUAUCAGCGUUACCUACAUCUAUCAGCAGUUUCAGCAGAGUGGGUUUAUCAUUUUUCAUUUUUUAAAAAAUUUUAAAAUUUUCAAAAAAAAAUUUUUUUGUUAAAAAGUUCGGUUUUUUGGUCAAAAAAUUCAUAGAAAAUGGAAUUUUUUAAAAUUUUUCAAAACUCAAAGGUUAUAAAUGUCAUUUUAUACUCUAUUUCACUCUAAAAUCAAAAUUUAUUUAGUCGCGUCAAAAAGAAUUCGUCACUUUUGCUAUAUAAGUACACUGAAAAGCGAUAAAUUCUUUUUGGCGCGCUUUAGUUUUUUGGUCAUAAAGUUUGUAGAAAAAUGAAAUUUUACAGAUUUGGUCAAAAAGUGAAUAGAACAGAUCUUUAGCUUAAACUUAGUCUGUUUUUCAACUUUUUGACCGAGAGAUAACAAUUCAUUGAUGCGCUUUAAGUUUUUUGGUCAUAAAGUUUAUAGAAAAAUGAAAUUUGACAAAUUGGGUCAAGAAGGAGAUAGAACAGUCUUUUAAAUUAAGCUUAGUUUAAUUUUUUAGAUUUUCUACAAACUUUUUGACAGAGAUAUAACAGUUUAUUGACGAGCUUUAGUUUUUUGGUCAUAAAGUUUGUAGAAAAAUGAAAUUUUAUUAAAUUGGUCAAGAAAUAGAUAGAACUGUUUUUUAGCUUAUGUUUAGACUGUCGCUUAGAUUUUCUACAAACUUUUUGACCAAGAUAUAACAGCUUUAAGCCGUGCGUCAAAAAGAAUUGGUCACUUUUGCUAUAUAAACACAUUGAAAAGUGACCAAUUCCUUUUGACGCGGUUUAAGGAAAAGAGUGAAUUUUUAGUUUCAAUGCCAUUUCUUUAGAUAUUGACUACAACACAAAGCCUGCUAUUGCUAUAAAUGUCACUAGGCCGCUUCACAACGCUAAUAAUACCAUUUAUACCGAAUUGGCGGUUUUUAUCGACCGGAAGAUUGAUUCUAGUGCCAAUGGGACUUCUGGUGACAAUAUUGAUAAAAAUGCCAUUUCUGAUGACAUAGUGGACAAAAAUGUCAUUUCUGAUGACAUACUAGACAAAAAUGCCAUUUCUAUUGACAUAAUGGACAAAAAUGCGGCUUCUGAUAACAUACCGGUCGAAAAUGCCAUUUCUAAUAACAUACCGGUGGAGACUGUCAUUUCUGAUGAAAUCGCAAGUGAAAAUGCCAUUUCGAAUGAAAUUCUUGAUAAAAGUGCCAUUUCAACUACAAUGCUUAUGACUAUGGGACCUAGUACGAAUACCAAUAGUACCAACCAAUCUAGCACAGCCAUGGACAACAUAACGAACCAUGCAGUAGAUGAAACAGGCCUAAAAGAUGACAAAAAUGGGCUUAAAAUUGAAAAUUUAAAAAAUUUUCACAUUGGAAACGUCUCUUUUACCAAUCCAAAGAAGGUCAAGGACCAGUUCUACAUUAGAAGUGCCUUUCGAGUAUCAAACAGUACCAUUAGAUUGACCAUUCUUCGACAUUUACAAAAUCGGUAGGUCUCUUACUAAAAUAACUAUUUUUGGUUAAAAAGUUUAUAGUAAAUUUAAUUUAAAAAUUUUUUUUAAAGCCAAGGUUAAGGUUAUAAAUGCCAUUUUAUAGCCUACCCCACCUUAAAAUGAUAAUUUUAUUUUAAAAAAAUGCCAUUUUAAACCUUGCCUCACCUUAAAAUCUUUAAAAAAUGCCAUUUUAUACCCUACCUUACUCUAUAAUCAUAAUUUAUUUAAUCGCGUCAAAAAUAGUUGGUCACUUUUGCUAUAUAAAUACACGGAAAAGCGACCAACUCUUUUUGACGCGGUUUAGUUUUUUGUUCAUAAAGUUUGUAGAAAAGCCAAAUUUUACAAAUUUGGUCAAAAAAUAGAUAGAACAGUCUUUUAGCUUAUGUUUAGUUUGUUGUUUAAAUUUUCUACGAACUUUUUGACCGAUAUAUGACAGUUUUAAGCCGCGCGUCAAAAAGAAUUGGGCGCUUUUGCUAUAUAAAUACAUUGAAAAGAGACCAAUUCUUUUUGACGCGUUUGAGACUACCCUACUCUUUUCUACCCUUCCUUGCUCUACACUUCUCCACCCUACCCUAUUCUAACUUUUUUCAGAAGAACCCUACAGUUUACAUUUAGUAAUAAUACGGGUACGGUGAAGCAGGUUUGUAACCUAAAAGGCUGUCGUAAUGCUUAUGCUCCUUCAUGUCGGAUUAUUGGUAUUAUUGGUACAAUUGAGCUUGUGGACUCCAGUGUUAAUGAUAAGAUAUUGAAGUUAUGGUCAGUGGGCAGUGAGAGCAUCGAUAUGCCUAUUAUGUAAGUUUAACUUUGGUAGGCUUGGGCUUAGGUUUAAGCUUAGACUUAGGCUUAGUAGGCUUAGGCUUAGUAGGCUUAGGCUUAGUAGGCUUAGGCUUAGUAGGCUUAGGCUUAGUAGGUUUAGGCUUAGUAGGUUUAGGCUUAAGCUAUAACACCUAAUUUUUUCCAUUUUUAGCGACGUGCGCUCACGCCCACCAAUACACAAUCUAGCCGUUUGUUUACAGUCGAUUUUUCUGCACGAUGAAACCUCAGUAUUUAUUCAAUUCUUCGAACAUUGGAUUGCGCACGGUGCUACCAAAUUCUACAUUUAUCGUCAGAACUACGCCGCUCAAAUUCAAAAUGUCUUAGAUUUUUAUGCUAAUAGAAUGGGCAUUGAUGUGGAAUACGUGAACUGGUCUGAACUACCUUACAAAGACCAGCCUAAUCCAAAUGAACUGAUUUUUAGGUAAGCACUUUGUUUUCAAAAGGUUUAUUGAAGAUGUGGUUGUUGUUGCACUGUGCAGUCGCUUUUUUGCACUGAAAAGGUGGCUGCACUGUGCAGUCAGUAUUUUGCACUGAAAAAGUGAUUGCACUGUGCAGACGCUAUUUUUCACUAAAAAAGUCGACUGCACCGUGCAAACAAAAAUAGAAAUUCAUUGCACAGUGCAAAGUACAAAACUGCAAGAACUUUCUUUACAAUACAAAAAAUGACAAGAACUUUCUUUACAAAACAAAAAACCGCAAUAACUUUCUUUCCAGAACCGAAGUCUACAUGAAUGUGUUUGAUUGCCUUCAUCGUGCGCGAUACACAGCCAAGUACGUCGCUCAAAUGGAUCUAGACGAAACCGUAGUUGUACGAGAGAAUGACACAUUGUUGAACAUAGUUGAAGGUGCUUUUGGGAGAAAUUCAAAGUUGGCAACAAUUCAAUUGAAAAGCCGGAAAGGGGAGUUUACUGUGAGUUUUUUGAAAUCUCAAAAAAUUUUUAAAUUUGAAAAUUGAAAAAUUAAAAUUUGAAAAAAAUGCCAUUUUAGAUCACGCCUCCCUUUAAAAUCUUUAAAAAAUGCCAUUUAAUACCAUACCUAACCCUAAAAACACUAUUUAUACUCCCGCGCCAAAAAGAAUUGGUCCCUUUUGCUAUAUAAAUACACUGAAAAGCGACCAAUUCUUUUUGGCGCGCUUUAGUUUUUUGGUCACAAAGUUUGUAGAAAAUUGAAAUUUCACAAAAUUGGUCAAAAAUUAAAUAGAACAAUCCAUUAGCUUAUGUUUGGACCAUUUUUUAGAUUUUCUAUAAAUUUUUUGACCGAGUUACAACUGUUUAUUGACGCGCUUUAGGUAUUUGUUCAUAAAGUUUGUAGAAAAGUGAAAAUUAACAAAUCCGGUCAAAAAGUAGAUAGAAAAGUCUUUUAGCUUAUGUUUAGUUUGAUUUUCAGGUUUUCUAUAAACUUUUUGACCGAGAUAUAACAGUUUUUACUCGCGCGUCGAAAAGAAUUGGGCGCUUUUGCUAUAUAAAUACAUAGAAAAGGGACCAAUUCUUUUUGACGCGGUUGAAUAAAUUUUUGUUUUUAGAAGGGUAUGAGGUAUAAAAUGGCAUUUUUCUUGAAUUUUUUGCUUUUUCAUGUACUUAUUAGAAAUUUUUUUUUAGUUCAAAAUUUUAUUUAAAAUUUAAAAUAAAAAAAUCGUAUUUUAGGACCAAAGUUUCGACUCAAUAAGAGAUUUCCGUGGCAUUUCCUUCAAACCAUUUUACACCUUGGCAGUCGAAAAUAAGUUUUUUCCACCCCCUGCCUAUUCAAAAUUGAUUCAUCGACCAGAACGAGUUCUAACUGGACAUCAUCAUCUGCUAACUGAAGGUGAAUAUAUUGGAAAUACGACUGAGAAGUAUGGUAUGACAGUUAUUAAUCAAAGGACAUUAAGUAUUAUUCAUUUAAGGUAAGAUUUUGAGGAAAAAUGGCAAGAACUUUCUUUAAAAAACAAAAAAUGGUAAGGACUUUCUUUCCAAAUCAAAAAAUGGCAGGAACUUUCCUUACAAAACAAAAAAUGGCAAACACUUUCUUUACAAGACUCAAAAUGGCAAGAACAUUCUUUACAAAACAAAAAUUAUAUUUUUAAGCCUAAAAGUCUUUUUUAAGCUUAAACUGUCAUUUUUAAGCCUAAAAUUUUAAUUUAUAUCUAAACGUUCAUUUCUAAGCUUAAAAUUUCAUUUUUAAGCCUAAACUUUCAUUUUUAAGCCUAAAGUUUCAUUUUUAAGCCUAAAUAUCAUUUUGAAGCCUAAAUGUUAUUUUUAUGCCUAAAAGUCUUUUUUAAGCUUAAAAUGUCAUUUUUAAGCCUAAAAUUUUAAUUUAAACCUAAACGUUCAUUUCUAAGCCUAAAAUUUUAUUUUUAAGCCUAAACUUUCAUUUUUAAGCCUAAAGUUUCAUUUUUAAGCCUAAAUAUCAUUUUGAAGCCUAAAUGUUAUUUUUAUGCCUAAAGUGUCAUUUUUAAGCAUAAACUUUUAUUUUUAAGCUUAAACUUUUAGUUUUAUCUUAAAAUGUCAUUUGUAAGCUUACAAUAUCAUUUUUAAGCCUAAAAUUUCAUCUUUAAGCCUAAAUUUCAUCUUUAAGCCUAAAAUUUCACCUUUAAGCCUAUUUUUUAAUUUUUUUUUGAAAAACCGCAAUAACUUUCUUUACGUAAUUUUUUUUUCAGAAGAUCUCGUGACAACUUGUUCAAACUGAAGCAAAUGGCUCCAAACAGGUCACUUCGCCCUCAGGCUAUCAAAUGGGAACGCUCUUUCAGAAGUCAUAUUCAAAACUACACCGGCGACACAUCAACUGCGCCCUAUAGUAACAUGGCCGAGGUCGAGAAGUGUCGCAAAAGCCUGAACUACAACUUGCGGUCGAUUUGUGGCUCCAUCUACUUUUGUGCUCUCAAGCUGGACACAUCUUCGUAUUAUGUUGCACCUAACACGUGGUAUACGUUAUGA